AUGAGGGUUUCAGUGGCUCUUUUGUUCCUAGCCAGCGAGGCAUUCGCUCUCGCUGGGGACACAUAUCUCACGACUGCCGGCAGGUUCACAACGAUCUCUGAUAGCCAGGCUACCGGCGCCAACUCGGCUGGCAAUAGCGGAUCAGUUCCCCUUCCAUCGGCCUCUGCGAAUGCCCACACUGGGAAUGCUUCCUCAACACCCACGGCGAAUCCUCACAGUGGUCCACAAUCAAAUGGCCCUGUUAACCCUGCCAGCACUGGACGAGCUGGCACUCAGUCCGGUGGAAAACCUGGUACUCAACCACCCGGCCCGGGAGGCACCCCUUCGAACGCACCAACUGGCCCUCCCAAGGCUACUUCCAACCCCCUAGCUGGUGCCGGUGCGCACACGUCCAACCCGCCCAAGCCCCACAGCACCAAUGCCGCUGGUGCCGCAGGAUCAUCAAGGGGCCCUAGCCCUAACAACCCCAACGAUCACAGCACCUCCCAGAACGGGCCCAAACCAUCAGGCAAUUCUGUCUCCGGCUCGAGCACCCCGAAUGGACCUAAGCCAUCGAACAACGAUGGCUUCGCCUCGGCCACUAAGAGUGGAUCUAAACCCUCGGACAGUGGUGUUUCCGCCUCGGGCACGCAGAAGGGAUCUCAAUCGUCGGACAAUGCUGCUGCUGCCUCGGCACGCCAGACAAUUCACACCAGCACGAUCAAAACCAUCGACGGCACCACUACGGCAAUUCCAACUGUGAUCACCCAGGCAGGCGAUCACAAUCCUUCGACAAUCACCUCUUCUGCAGUGGCUGCCGCGGCAACUGGACCCAAGCACGACCUCGACAUGCUCGUGGCCUUUGGAUCCAAGGCUAGCUCCGCUUCGCAGCUGUUCGCGAAGUUCAAAGACAGCCCAACGAAACAAAACGCCCAAAAGGUGAAAGACUACGUGGAGAAGAACCUGAAGAAAGACGACAGCGGCGGUGAUAAUCACGAUGGUGGUGGUAUCUUGGCCGGCGUCCUCAACUUGGGCAAAAAUGCUCUCAAGGGAUCCGCAGGCAUCGAUGCCAUUAGCAAGGCCAAGGAUAUUGGUAACACCAUCAGCGGUUGGACCGACAACAUUUCCAAAGGCAUCAGCGGUGGAGGCGGCACUCUCGGAAGCAUCGCGAACACAAUCGGUGGCGGUCUCGGCAGCCUUGGAAAGACUCUGGCGGGUCUGGGUUCUAGCACCACAGAAGCGAAGAAGAAUCCUGAGAACGAAAAAAAUGAUGAAAAUGAUAAUGACAGCAGCAGCGAUUCGUCCUCGUCAUCGACAGAGUCGGAGUCGAGCAGCUCUUCAUCAUCCGAGUCCAGUAGCUCGUCAUCCUCUAAAUCUUCCAGCCAGUCCACAUCAUCUACAUCGUCCAGCAAGUCGUCGUCAUCUACAUCGUCCAGCAAGUCGUCGUCUUCUCGCUCAUCCACAUCAUCGACCUCGACACCCAGCUCGUCCGUGCAAGCAUGCACUCGCCGUCCUACCUCGAGCCCCCCUACCCUCAACCUGUCAGGGACAUACACGCCACCCCAUACAUCCAACCCUUCAAAGACUUCAAAGGCAUCGGAGACAUCAAAAACCCCCAAAUCUUCGACGACCGGUCCUCCUUCAUCGGCGAGUGCAAGCUCCCGUCGUGUCAAGUCUGGUUCGCUCAGUCUCGCUACCGGCUCGAUGACCAGUGACAUGAGCGAUCUCAGCAGUACAGGUAGCCAAAAAAGGACGUCGACCUUCAAGACUGUGCCCAAGACGUCCCAGUCUUCGAGCUCCACAUCGAGUGCUAGCCCUAGCCCCAGUUCCACGUGGCUCCCUCCUUGCGAUUACAACGGAGGGCCAACCGACUUUUUGCACCAGGGCAGUCCUGGCCAGGGAAGCUGCCAGUGCUCCUUGGUGACUUCAACAACCUUUGGGGAUAGGACCGACACACAAACCAUGUUCACUUCGGUCUCCGCCAGCGAGGGACAUUGCGAACAGUACAAGACAUACCCCGGCUCGAUCACCUGGACCACACCCUACGCAACCUCGACUGUAUUCAAGCCCACCGCUGUGUCGGCUGAUAGCCUGGCCAAGAUCAUCUACUACACGGCCCAAACCACCAACGGGUUAGGGUCGCUCACGCCGGCUGGUAAAUCCACCGUUGUGCAGGAGGAACUGCCUAUGGAAACCCCGGACACAAACCCUGAUGGGUCCAGCAUGUGUGACGAGGUCCAGCCAGAUGCCUGCAAAAGGGCUGCGGGUAAUUUGCCUGUUAUGAAAGCGCUUGGCGGCGUAGGCAACAACGACAAGUGGUUGCGGUGGACUUCAACCGUCUAUGGCCAUUCUGGCAAUGGCAGCCCUCACCCUGGAUCGUGUCUACUCAAAUACUGGUGUGACAACAGUAACGUAUUCGGGUUCACUAGACAACAGAUCGAAUACUAUGCCGAUUGGACGUAUGACGAGGAUGUCCACAACGGAAUUGGGCAUUGUGGAACACUGGAUUUCGAAAAUGGCUGCCAUAUGAAAUUCGACUACUGCGAUACUGACUGUCACGAGGAUGGGACAUGA